AUGAGGGGCGUGGCAGGGCCCGGCUGCAAAGCAUCCAACGUGGGCCAGCCGGCGGUCGCGGGGCGAGGUCGGCGUCGCUGGAGCUUCGCGGAGGGGCCGCGCGGAGCCGGGACGGCGCGCGCUCUCCCUGCCCGGCGCACGGGGCUCGCGGAGCAAGGGGCUAGUCCCGCGGUCCAGCCCCAGCUCGGUCCGCCGAGCCGAGAGCGGCUGCCCACGGGCUCCGGGCUAGCGCUGCGACUCCGAGCGCCUGGCCGGCGGCGGCACUUGGCGAGCGCGGCAGCUCGGGGACCGGCUCGGAGCCUGCGAGGGGACGGCGAGACCGCUCUCGCACCCCGCGUCGGAGGCUUAGCCAGCUUGGGCGGCGGGCUGACGGCGCUUCCCCGAGACCUGCCCGCCUGGACGCUGAGCCUAAACCUGAGUUACAACAAACUUUCUGAGAUCGACCCUGCUGAUUUUGUGGACUUGCCAAAUCUCCGGGAAGUGUACCUCAGUAACAAUGAGCUGACAGCCAUCCCAUCCCUGGGCGCUGCCUCGUCUCACAUCGUCUCUCUGUUUCUGCAGCACAAUAAGGUUCGCAGUGUGGAGAGGAGGCGGCUGGAGGAGUACCUUGCCUUGGAAGUGUUGGACCUGAGCGCCAACAACAUCACGGAGGUCCGGAGCGGCUGCUUCCCCCAUGGACUGCGCAUCAAGGAGCUCAACCUGGCCAGCAACCGGAUCGGCACCCUGGAGCUGGGAGCAUUUGAUGGUCUGUCACGGUCGCUGCUGACGCUGCGCCUGAGCAAAAACAGGAUCGCUCAGCUUCCUAUGAAAGCCUUCAAGCUGCCCAGGCUGACACAGCUGGACCUGACUCGGAACCGGAUCCGGCUGAUCGAGGGCCUGACCUUCCAGGGACUCGACAGCCUGGAGGUGCUGAAGCUGCAGCGCAAUGCCAUCAGCAAGCUGACAGACGGCGCCUUCUGGGGGCUGUCCAACAUGCACGCGCUGCACCUGGAGUACAACAGCUUGACAGAAGUGAACAGCGGCUCCCUCUACGGCCUCACGGCCCUGCACCAGCUCCACCUCAGCAACAACUCCAUCUCCCACAUUAACCGAGACGGCUGGAGCUUCUGUGAGAAGUUGCAUGAACUGGUUCUGUCCUUCAACAACCUCAGCCGGCUGGACGAGGAGAGCCUGGCCGGCCUGAGCAGCCUGAACACCCUGCGGCUGAGCCACAAUUCCAUCAGCCACAUCGCGGAGGGCGCCUUCAAGGGACUCAAAAGCCUGCGUGUCCUGGACCUGGACCACAACGAAAUCUCGGGCACCAUCGAGGACACCAGCGGCGCCUUUAUGGGGCUGGACAACCUGAGCCAGCUGACUCUGUUUGGAAACAAGAUCAAGUCCGUGGCUAAGAGGGCCUUCUCGGGGCUGGACAGCCUUGAGCACCUGAACCUCGGCGAGAAUGCGAUCCGAUCUGUGCAGUCCGACGCCUUUGUGAAGAUGAAGAAUCUCAAAGAGCUCCACAUAAGCAGUGACAGCUUCCUGUGUGACUGCCAGCUGAAAUGGCUGCCCACCUGGUUGAUGGGGAGGACGCUGCAAGCCUUUGUGACAGCCACCUGCGCCCACCCGCUGUCACUAAAGGGCCAGAGCAUCUUCUCUGUGCCCUUGGAGAGUUUUGUGUGUGAUGACCUUCCCAAGCCCCAGAUCAUCACGCAGCCCGGGACAACCGUGGCUGUGCUGGGCAAGGACAUCCGCUUCACCUGCUCGGCAGCCAGCAGCAGCAGCUCCCCAAUGACCUUUGCCUGGAAGAAGGACAGUGAGGUCCUGGCGAACGCCGACAUGGAGAACUUCGCCCACGUCCGCCCACAGGACGGGGAGGUGAUGGAGUAUACCACCAUACUGCACCUCCGCCAUGUCACUCUGGGGCACGAGGGCCGCUACCAGUGCAUCAUCACCAACCACUUCGGGUCCACCUACUCGCAGAAGGCCAGGCUCACAGUGAAUGUGCUGCCAUCCUUCACCAAAAUGCCCCAGGACAUUGCCAUCCGAACUGGCACCAUGGCCCGCCUCGAGUGUGCUGCCCAGGGCCACCCCAGCCCUCAGAUCGCCUGGCAAAAGGACGGAGGCACAGACUUCCCUGCAGCCCGGGAGCGCCGCAUGCACGUGAUGCCCGACGACGACGUGUUUUUCAUCACUGAUGUCAAAGUGGAUGACAUGGGGGUCUACAGCUGUACUGCUCAGAACUCCGCCGGCUCUGUUUCUGCCAACGCCACCCUGACUGUCUUAGAAACCCCGUCGCUGGUGGUGCCCUUGGAAGACCGUGUGGUGUCUUUCGGAGAAACAGUGGCACUUCAAUGUAAAGCCACCGGGAGCCCACCACCCCGCAUCACCUGGCUCAAGGGGGACCAGCCCCUCGACCUCAGUGAGCGGCACCACUUCACCCCUGGCCGCCAGCUGCUUGUUGUUCAGAACGUGGUGGCCGAUGACGCUGGCCGAUACACCUGUGAGAUAUCCAAUGCCCUGGGCACGGAGCGGGCUCACAGCCAGCUGAGCGUCCUGCCCGCCGUGGGUUGCAGGAAGGAUGGGACCAGCAUGGGCAUCUUCACCAUCGCUGUGGUGUGCAGCAUCGUGCUGACCUCUCUGGUCUGGGUGUGCAUCAUCUACCACACCAGGAAAAAGAGCGAGGAGUACAGCGUCACCAACACAGAUGAAACCAUUGUGCCACCUGAUGUUCCAAGCUACCUCUCUUCUCAGGGGACCCUUUCUGACCGGCAGGACACUGUGGUCAGGACUGAGGGUGGCCUUCAGGUCAACGGACACAUUGAGAGCAAUGGUGUUUGCCCGAGAGAUGUGCUCCUCUUUCCGGCGGUGGACGCUCACGUCGUUGCAUGCAGACAGCCCAAGCUCUGCAUGGGCUUCAACAAAGAGCCCUGGAAAACGACAGAGAAUGCCCAUAGGACCCCUGGCCCACAUCAAACAGAGCACAGUGGCCCACUAGGACACAGUGACAGCGGCACUGAAGCAGAUGGUCAUGCCCAGGAACACGUGUCCAGAGACGGUGCCCAGCCUAGAACCCCGAGCGGCCAGGAGCCUGCGGGGCACAACCAAGAACAUUGUCCACAAACCCUGAGCAGCGAGACUAUGGAUGCAUCCUGUGUCGAUGCUCCCGGUUCCCUCUACCCCAGCAAUCACGACAGAAUGCUGUCGUCCUUGAAGAAAAAGCCAGCAGCACCUCUGGAUGGGAAAGGUAGCUGUUUUUAGUGACUGCAGCGGCGGCCACAGCAGACGGAUUGGAAUGCACUGUGCCGGGGUG